AUGAGUGGCUGGGCCGAAAGCAGCGGGCACCUCACGGAACUCCAAAAUGGCUUCCGCCCAAACCGACGCCUGGAGGACAAUCUUUUCGUGGUUACCCAAUGCAUUGAGGUGGCACGUAAACAAUCCCGCGGUCUGCUCACAUGCUUCCUAGAUGUUGCGAAGGCAUACGACAGCGUUCCACAUGACCUAAUGCUGCGGCGCAUGACCGAGCUGGGCAUGCCACAAGAAUGGACACGUCGCCUCUAUGCCGAUAGCUCGGUGGUAGCACGCUUGGCAGAUACGUCCUCUGAGCCAGUAAAGGUCAGCAGAGGACUCAGGCAGGGGUGCCCACUCUCGCCCCUGCUAUACAUGCUGUAUGCAUCAGGCUUAGAAAGUGCCCUCAUCCAAUCAAACACUGGGUUCAAGAUGAAAUUCCUGUCAGAAGGACAGCCCGAAGUAUGGACACUACCGGGGCUGGUGUUUGCAGAUGAUAUUGUUCUCCUUGCGGAAGACCGACAUCAGCUCCAGCAGUUGGUGACAAUAUCAGCUCACCAUUUGGCAGGCUUAGGCCUUCGGUUCAACCCUCAGAAGUCUUCUGUUGUCCAAUUUGCCGGAGAAGUGGAUACAAACCUCCCGUUGGAACUUCCGAAUGGAGACAAACUGCCAUUCUCAACAGAAUACCGGUAUCUGGGUGUGACCAUCGACAUGGGGGAAGGCCAGUUCUUGAGGCACGAGGAUCGGUUGCGACAGACCUCCCAGCGCGCGAGCUGCAUUCUGCGCCGGAGAAGCCUCUGGGGUUGCAACCGAUAUGUAUUGGUGCGAGAGCUGUGGAAGUCGGUCCAUGUCCCAUGCCUGACCUUUGCGAAUGCCAUUAUAUGCCUGACAAGCAGGACCCGUGAGUGGCUGGAGCGAGGCCAAAGGGAGGUGGGCCGUUUGGCACUAGGCUGCCAUGGAAGGGUCGCAGUGGAGGCCAUUCAGGGGGACGUAGGCUGGUCAACGUUCGAGGCAAGGGAAGCCACAAGCAAGAUCGCCUAUGAAGGACGCCUACGCUUCAUGAAUGAUCACCGGUGGGCCCGUCGCAUGUUCCGCUACCUGCACUUCGUGGGGCUCAGAACGCAGUGGUUAAAUAGAGUCUACUUUCUCCGACGCAAGUACGGAAUGUUGGACUGCUCAACACUCGAGAACACGGAGCGCAAGUUUACCGCGGCAGUUCGGAAACGGAUACGCGAAGAGGAGAGCGCACAAUGGCAAAUGUCGCUGCAGCAAAAGAGUACACUCCAGCUGUACCGAACAUACAAAGAGGUCAUUGCCCCGGAAUCUUUGUACGAUAACAGUGGUGGAAAACUGUCGCCGGCACGCGCGCGCCGCUCGCGCAAAGAGGAGGAAGCCAUUUUCUAA